AAAAAAAACAGAAAGGAGUAACAAUGACAUCUUUGCAGUAUAUCAAGAGACUUGUGUUUCUUGCUUUUGUCAUAGAGGUCACAUCACGCCCCACACCUUUCGGCAGCCGAUUAAUCAACUUCUUGGGUAAUGGCGCCAGCAGUAGAAGUAGCAGGUCGGCUGUAGUUGUUGGCUGUGGCAACAGCAUUUACUGCGACAACGGCCGCCGUCACCACAAUCAAAAGAACAUCGGAACCGGAAGCGAUUCAUCUUUGGUUGAAAUUAGUUUUCAACCUUUAAGAGAAUUAGAAUCUGUGUCAUCAUUAACAUCGUUCUACCCACUCGCGGGCAAGCAUCAGCAAUUUUUCGAUGAUGAUGAUGAUUUACCAUUCCAUCAACCAUCAUCAUCAUCAGGAGUAUUUGUGACGGCGGCAACACCACCCAAUUUGUCCAGCAACAAAAACAACGCCUACUCUCAUAUCAGUCAAAGACAUUUUAAUCGCCAACGUCGAACAAGUCAUCGGCAUCAUCGACCGAUUAAUGAAAACAACAACAACAACAACGACGAUGAUGAAGAUGACAACUUCCAAAGCUAUCACCAUCGAUAUCCUGAUGAUGAGUUGUCUUCGAGCGAAGGGCCAGCAACAACAGUAUUCACACCUGUUGCUGGUACUUUGAAUGGAAUUUCAUAUCCGGUUGCGGCGGCAGCGGCGGAGGUUAAUGGAGAUACUAAAGAUCCGUUUGGUUUUAUGCAUCAUGACACUCAUAGUUCGUCAUCGUCAUCAGAAGAAGAAAACAAUGAAUAUUCGGGUGUGGGUAGCUUCCCUUGGGAUGUAUUUAAGGAAAAGUCAUCUCAUCCGGUUUCGAAGGACCCAAACCCAAUUGAAGGUCACAGUUAUAUGGACUCAGAUGCAAACAAUAAACGAAAUGCUUUGGCUGCAUUCAAGCGUCAAAAAUUCAAAUCACAUCAAACACAAUUUAUUCCUUCAAUAUCUGGUGGAGCCAUGACAAAUCUAGGUGACUUUUUUAGAAAUCUAAAAAACAAUAUAGAAUUUAUGGAAAAAAGUCGUCUCAGUAAUUCCGAAGAAGUCCUUCUCGAUGGUGAUCAUCCCAUACAAAUGUUGAAGGAAGAAUUAAAUAGUGAUGGAACAAGACCAACCGGAACAGCUGCAUUUCUCCAUGCAAUACGAAAUUACAGGCCCUCACAAAGAAUUCGAUCAUUGGUAGCGUUAAAUCCUGAAGGUUAUCAUGGAUCACAAUUUUUAGAUCCAAAUUAUAUGUGGCUUGGUUUGGGUAAACGAUAAUACUGAAAAAUGUUAAUUUAGUUUUAUAUGAUUAAUAAAUUGUUUUUUAUAUAUAAUUUUAUUUA